GCACACACUUAUUAUAUUAGAGCCAAGUCCCACUCCUGGCACACGCCUAUUAAUAAUCCCCUUUAAACUCUCCCAAUACUCGCUUGUAUCACUACUCAUCUCAAGUUCACGUGAUUACUUACAUAGCGUUGCCCACAUACAGACACGACAAACCAAACACAUAGACAGAGUUUCUGCGGAGAAGCUCCAUUGAUGACGGAAAUUAGUGAUCAUACUUCAGUUCCCGCCAGCGUGGUCACACAGAUCCCAUUUCUUGUUAUCUUCAAAGAUUUAACACAUGUAUUCAGUAAGGAUGCAAUUGGGCGAGAGAUACUAGGCAUAGCGUUUCCUGCGGCUUUGGCUUUAGCUGCUGAUCCAAUAGCCUCUCUGAUUGACACCGCUUAUAUCGGACGUUUAGGAGCGGUUGAGCUAGCAGCGGUUGGAGUAUCCAUUGCGAUAUUUAACCAAGCUUCUAGAAUCACGAUAUUCCCAAUUGUGAGUGUUACAACUUCCUUUGUCGCUCAAGAAGACACGAUGGAGAAGAUGAAAGAAGACGAAGCAAAGAAAAACAAACUUGUUCAUGCAAAUACUUUAGCUGUUCAAGAUUCUUUGGAGAAAGGCAUUGCGUCACCCACAAGUAACAACAUUAACCAGCCGCAGCAAACGCCAGCUUUAGAUGCAAAGCCAAGCAGCGGAAACAAAGCAAAUAAGAAAGAAAAAAAGAAUAUUAAAUCGGCAUCAACGGCCAUGAUCAUAGGGUUAAUCCUAGGCCUUGUGCAAGCUAUAGUCUUGAUUUUCAGCUCGAAAGUGCUCCUAGGUGUCAUGGGAGUGAAACCGAAUUCUGCAGUGUUAUCACCAGCGCACAAAUACUUGACCAUACGAUCACUAGGUGCUCCUGCAUUGCUUCUGUCGCUUUCAAUGCAAGGCAUCUUUCGUGGCUUCAAGGACACCAAAACUCCUCUCUAUGCUACUAUCGUAGCAGAUGUUAUCAAUAUAAUUCUCGACCCAAUUUUCAUCUUUGUGCUUCACCUUGGCGUCAGCGGUGCAGCCAUUGCCCAUGUCAUUUCUCAGUACUUCAUGACUCUAAUACUAUUCAUCCGCCUCGCGAGUAAAGUUAAUUUGAUGCCACCAAACUUUGGAGCUUUGCAGUUCGGCAAGUUCCUUAAAAAUGGGGGACUAUUGCUGGCAAGGACCAUAGCUGUGACGUUUUGUCAGACACUAGCAGCAGCAAUGGCGGCUCGGCUAGGAACAACACCAAUGGCUGCAUUUCAAAUCUGUUUACAAGUCUGGUUAACUACGUCCCUCCUGGCAGAUGGUCUUGCUGUAGCCGGUCAGGCGAUUCUUGCUUGUUCUUUUGCCGAGAAGGAUUACAAUAAAGUGUCUUCUGCUGCAUCCCGUGUUCUACAGAUGGGUUUUGUGCUAGGACUUGGACUGUCCGUUUUUGUUGGACUAGGACUAUACUUUGGUGCUGGAAUAUUCACCAAGGACCCUGCUGUUAUUCACCUCAUAGCCAUUGGAAUACCGUUUGUAGCGGCGACACAGCCAAUAAACUCACUUGCUUUUGUGUUGGACGGAGUCAAUUUUGGAGCAUCUGAUUUUGCUUACACUGCAUACUCCAUGGUAGGAGUUGCAGCCAUAAGCAUUGCAGCAAUAAUACACAUGGCAAAGUUCAAUGGUUUUCUCGGAAUAUGGAUAGCUCUUACCAUCUAUAUGGGCCUUCGAGCUAUUACUGGAAUUGCCAGGAUAGCAACAGGAACUGGACCGUGGAGAUAUUUGCGUGGACGAUCCCCUUCAUCUUACUAGGACUUAGUUUAUAAUGAGAUGCACCUUUUUCGUCUUUCUUCGUUUUUGUUGUAUAUUUCUUGUGUUCUUUUCACAUUUUGCACGAAAGAGCUCUCUCUCUCUCUCUCUUGUUUAGCUUAAACACUAGUUGCAGAUAAAUAAUUUGAUCAGGCGAUUAUGUGGAGCCCUGGAUGGCUAGACAUUUUCUUUGUGGAAAUGUCUGGUUAGGCUAAGGUGCUUCAAAGAAGUCUGUAACUCACAUCUAUGCGCUAUGUCCAUAAUAAUACUACUUUUUGCAAACUCA